AUUUUCUUUAACUGAGGUGGCCAGUCAAUGAAGGUGAAACAUCAUUAAACAGAGUGUUAAAUGAAAGUCACAUCGUUCUGAUUAAAUUCUGACAAGGUGCUUGAGCUCAAGAUGAUUGUUCAUUCUCAGUUGUGCAACAGCCACGGUCUGUAGUGGUGGAAGCUGGAGCAGCUGCAGAGAUGAAUUGUACAUUAGUACCACCAAAACCUCUAAAGAAUCCUGACGUCGUAUCUGUAUGGUACAGCAGGAGAAUAGGGAAUGAUGUGAGUGGGAUGGAGAAAAUCACAGAGACUGACAGACUGAAAGGCCGAUUCAGGCUCACAUGGACGGAAGAUGUCUCUUCCAGCACCCUGCACAUUCAUAACCUGCAGGAAAAUGACAUGGCCAUUUACCACUGUCGGUUCUUCAUCUUCCUCUUCAAUCCACCCUGCAUUUUAGAUGGGAACGGGACCAGACUGAGUGUUACAGAAAGUUCCACUCCAGAAAACACAACACAACACAAACCGAAUCAGAGAGCAGGUGAGAUGACUCUCUAUUGGAACAUUCUGUUGGCUGUGAUAACAGUAGCCAUUUUUACCAUGGCAUUCCUGGUGUGCUGGCACAUGGGGAGAAGAGGUCUUGCAUUUGCUCUAAGACAGAUGUCACUCGCUCUAAGAGAAGGUGAUCCGACUGAUUCCACACCUCCAGAGAUGGAGGGAUCCCCACCUGAACCAGGAGAAAUCAUGUAUGCAGACCUCAGUUUCCAAACAAGGAUGCAAAGAAAGACUGCAGCAGCAAGCUACAGAAUUAAGGAAACAGUUGGAGUGGAAUAUGCAGAGCUAAAAUAUUCACAGCAGCACAAACUAUAUCAUAAUUAGGGGACAUAUUGUGAAGAAAGAAGACCACAAUUCCAAUCUCCUUCCACUGUCCCAGAGAAGUAUCUGAUUUUUUUCGUCUAGGCAUAUUAGCUUUCUGCUACAAUACUUUCACCCAGUACAAGUUAGUUUUACA